AUGGAUGAUAGAUUAAAGAGGUUUGAUGUAUUUGGAUUAUCAAGAAAAUAAUAAUCUUAAAAAAAAUUGGAUUCAACAAGAAAAUUAGAUGAUAGAAGUUUUUUAUAAUUAAAAUAAUAUAAGCAUGAAUUCAUAAGAACUCCUUCUAAUUCUAAUACUUGUUAAACGCAAAUGAGAAAAAUAAGAAUAAAACAUAAACCGUAAAUCAAUUAAAACUAGAUAUUGUCAUAUUCAUUAUCAAUUUAAAAUAUUGAAUAAUUGCCAAAUAGAUCAUUAGAUCCAAAGGUAAUUAAAUUAAUCCUUCCAAAUCAUAAAAAGAACCCUCAAUCUCAAAAAGAUGGAUCAACAACUACAAGAAAUCAUAAUAACAAUUACUUUGCUCCUCAUGAUUAAAAUGAAAAUAAAGUAUAUAAAUUUUAAAUUUCUCUAGGCGUCAUUUCCUAUAAUAAAGUUUAAAAAUAGGAUUUUCAAAUCAUAAUUUUAAGCCAGUUUGUAGUUCUAUAAAAAAUAACAGAGCAUUCCAAUUUAAGUGAAGUUAGUUAACCAAGAAAACAUCAAAAAGGAAUUUGAAUCAAUAAGAAAUAGAUAUGUUAAAAGUAGAACUGAACUUGAAAAUUAUGCUGAUCAAAAUAAACCGUUUCUAUAAACUACAAAAUCGAAGUUUCAUUUAUCUCAAUAAAAAAAUUAAAAUUAAAAGCAAAUUAACAUAAAUAAUAAUUCAGUGGAGUAAAAUGCUCUAAAAAUAUUAGAUCUUAAACUAACUUAGACCUUGAUUAUUAAGAAGACUUUUAAAAUUAUGACAAAAAAAAUUUUAAUCAACUUAGAGAUGAAGUUUUUCAAAUUGCCUGA